AUGAGGAUCGCAAUUAGAGAGCAGCUCGCGGCCCUUGUCAUCUUUGCCGUCCUUCUCUCCCUCGCCAUUGUCUCAAUCCCCGUAUGGACCUUUGUCAACAACUUUGUCAUUGGCGUCAAGACGGAUGGCCUGGCCUUGUCUGCCUCUCUCAAGGCCUCUCGCAUCUCUUCCGAAAUCGAUCUGAUCCAGACGGCAUGCACCACCAUCUCCACACGACUCUUGCUUCAGCAGGCCUUUGAGGAUUUCUAUACCAAUGAAUACUAUGGCAAUCAAACUGCGGACGUCUGGGAGCAGGCUCUCGAGGAUCUGGCAAGCGCGCUUUCCACCAGCAACGUGUCGGGUCUAUUGCAAGCCAGAUUGUAUUCUCGCAAUACCACCGGUGAUCCACGUGGCCUUCUCAACAUUACCGGCCAAGAUGCCCUGGACGACCCUGUCUAUCUUCCUUACAAAUCCCCAACUGGAGCCGACAUCAAACUCGGCGAUCCCGACUAUGGCUUCCCCCCUAUGCUCUACCCAAAUAUCACAUACGAGAACAAGAACCUGCCGAGCCCUUACAAGGCCAACACCGUUCAAUUCUCUGCCAACAUAUUCCCUGGCGUCUCGUUGAGCAAUGGCAGCGAAGGCAACGGCAUUCUCUUGGGACCGCUUGUGGUCAACGAGUCGUACGCGCUUGUCUCCAUUACGGUUCCUGUUCGAGAGAAUCAAUCUAGCAGAUUCAUUCUCGGUUACAUGACUGUGAUUGCCAGCGCAAGACAGCUCGUCCAGGUCCAGAGGUCCAACGAGGGCCUGGGCGAGACUGGCGUUGCUCUGUUCAUCGGUCCAGUCAACCCGUGGAACCAUUUCGACUCCAAAAUGCCUGCCAGCAACCAAACAUGGUUUCCGCCCCGUGAUGAGUUUGCGAGGACAAACCAGGUCCACUUCCUGUUACCGCCUGCCCCCCAACCCGGCCAAGAAGACCGCCACAGCGACCACAGCUUCGAGUCCGGUGCCUAUGAUGCCCCCUUCGAUCCGGCGACGUACCAGGCGGUGCUCGAUCUUUUUGUGGAGAAAAACAAUCAGACCAACAACGCCACGAGCAAGAUCUCGACCAAGAAUGAGCAGGGCAAGAAGGUGGCGAUUGGCGCUGCCCGGCCACAGACCUCACUGGUUACCUGGGCGGUGAUUGUAGAACAGGACAAGCGAGAGGCGACGCAACCGAUCCGUACGCUGAGGAACAUACUCUUAGGCUGCGUGUUUGGUACCGCAGGGCUUGUCCUACUGCUCACCAUUCCGUGUGCUCACCUGAGCGUCAUGCCGAUUCGCCGGCUAAAGGAGGCCACCGAGAAAUCGAUUGCACCACCGGGUUACGAAGAAUUGUCCGAUUCCGACUAUGAUGAGGAGAACCCUAGUUCGGGCGGCACCACGUCGGGAAGGUCCGAGAAGAGCUGGCUCAAAAGUUUGAAGAGGAGGAUGCGCAAGUCGAAGAGGGCGAGAUUGAGAGCUGCAGCUGCACAGGAUGCGCAUCGCCAUGCUUUCAAGAUUCCCGCAAAGGUGGAGGAUAGGAAGCAUUACAUUACCGACGAGCUGACUGAGCUUACACAAACCUUCAACGAGAUGUCGGAUGAGUUGCUGAAGCAGUAUACUUUGUUAGACGAGAAGGUGGCCGAGCGAACGAGAGAACUCGAAAUCAGCAAGAAGGCCGCCGAAGCUGCUAACGAAAGCAAGACGCUGUUUAUCGCCAACAUUUCCCACGAGUUGAAGACACCCUUGAAUGGAAUCAUGGGCAUGUGUGCAGUCUUGAUGGAGGAAGAUGAUGUUCUUCGCAUCAAGCAGUCGCUCAAGACGAUUUACAAGUCCGGCGACCUUCUGUUGCAUUUACUCGAGGAUCUCCUCAGUUUCUCCAAAAAUCAAAUCGGUCAACAAGUCAGCCUGGAAGAGAGAGAGUUCAGACUUGGUGAGAUAAGAUCCCAAAUGCUGGCCAUCUUUGACAAGCAGAUCCGCGAGAACAAGAUCACCUUCACUGUUAGCUUCGUCGGCACCGACAUCCUCGAGAGCAGUCCGGAGCGACGCAGCGGCAUUGACAAGCGGCUUCCCGCCCUUGGGCCUCCCGGUGUAGGCCGUCUUAAGGACAUGUGUCUCUGGGGCGACCAGCACCGUAUCCUCCAAGUCAUCAUCAACUUGGUUAGCAACAGCCUCAAAUUCACCCCGGCAGGUGGGAGAGUCGAGUUGAGGAUACGCUGCGUCGGCGAGAUGGAACAACCCCAUAACCAAAGCAGGACUUCGUCGUUAUCCAAGAACUCGCACCGUCCAGGUCGGUCUCGCCAUAGACUAGGCUCGGGAUCAAGGGACUCGCAAUCUUCCAAGGGCGCGCCGCACUCGCCGAAUCUGAACCAGAGUAGUGGUACUGCGCUUUCCAUCAACCCCAUGGACCCCAAGUCGCCUCAUGUGCACAUCAGGGAACGAUCACCAACCCCUCCGCCACCGAAUGCCAAGACGUUUAUGUUCGAGUUCGAGGUGGAAGAUACCGGUCCGGGUAUUGCGGAGCAUAUGCAGCAAAAGAUCUUCGAGCCUUUUGUUCAGGGCGAUCUGGGUCUGAGCAAGAAGUUUGGUGGUACCGGUUUGGGUCUCAGUAUCUGCUCCCAGUUAGCCACCAUCAUGGGAGGCACGAUUGGGCUUAAGAGUACUGUUGGUGUCGGAACGACGUUUACGAUGCGGAUACCGUUGAAAUAUGUCAGGGACCGCGCCUCAUCCACAGCAUCCAGCUCCCUAGCCUCCCGCCCACCCUCCGCCGGCUCUCUCGACGGCGAAACCAUCCGCAACCCCCUCCCCAAGCAAUCCACCAUCGACAUCCACCGCAGUCACUCCCACGGCCACAGCCACAGUCACAACCACGGGCACGACCAACACUCAACCGCCCCACCCGCCGCCGCGUCCGUCCUCGACACUCAACCCCGUCUUGUCGGUCUCUCGCAACCCUUCUUCGCCACUACCCCCAAACACCCCCCUCCCACAACCCCCACCACCUCCGGCGACGUCGACGACAAAAUGGCUGCCAUCGACCGCGCCAUGGCCGCCAAACAACUGCAGCAAUCCUCCUCCGGCCCCGGCAAGCUCCGCGUCCUGGUCGCCGAUGACAACAGCACCAACGUGGAAGUCGUUUCGCGCUUGCUCAAGCUCGAAGAAGUCUACGACGUGACCAUCGCAAAAGACGGACAAGAAGCCUACGAUUUAGUGAAAGCCAACAUGGAGCACAACCUACAGUUUGACGUGAUCUUCAUGGACAUUCAGAUGCCGAACCUGGACGGAUUGCAGUCAACGAGGCUCAUUAGACAGAUGGGGUAUAGUGCACCUAUUGUGGCGUUGACGGCCUUUUCGGAGGAAAGUAAUGUCAAGGAGUGCAUGGAGAGCGGCAUGGACGAAUUUCUGAGUAAACCGAUUCGCAGACCAGCGCUGAAGCAGGUGCUGAAAAAGUUUGCGACGAUUUAUGAGGAGCAGGGCGAGACAGAGACUGUGCCAUCGGUUACGACGGGGAGUAUGAAGGGGGAGAAGAAGGAUGAAAAGGUGGAGAAGAAGGACAAGAAAGAGGGGAGGGAAUGGAAGGGUAUGAAGGAUGGAAAGGGCGAUGGCAGCAUGGUCAAUGGAACGAUCACCCCGAAAACGGCUAGCAGUACUACUGUUGCUGCGACGAUGACGAAUGGUUCGACUAUGACUGGGCCAACCACGAUGAUGAAUGGGGCGCCGAUAAGGCCGAAGCCGGUGGACGUUUACUCUGAUGAACCGUCGCCGAAGACUACGCCGAAAAGUAAUGGGACGGUUAAUGGGGAUUAUCUCAAGGGCGGGAGGUAACGGACUUGCCUUUAACGGUUCACAUCCAGGCUUCUACUAGGAAGCCGUUGUUUUCGAUGACCUACCUGGG